AUGUCUCUUCAAAGUUCUCYCAACCCGGAUUACUGGUUUUUGACAAUAACUAUUGCUGGAGACAGUCCAAUAUAUCGCAGCACCCGCGCGUGUAGCCACGAAGAAAAGUUAGUCCCAUAUGCCGUUGAAAGGAAGGUACCAUACCCAGUAAGGUAUGACGUUCCAGUUAAAGUUCCAGUUCCAGUAGAAGUUAAAGUUCCAGUAUCUGUGGACAGACCAGUCCCAUAUCCAGUAGAAAAGAGGGUGCCAUAUCCAGUUCAAGUUCCUGUUGAAGUUAAGGUCCCAGUCCCGGUUGCAGCCCCGGCUCAACGUUUUGCCACUGUCCACUAUUAUCAACAAUCUCCGGUCGCUUUAGGAUAUGAAUCUAGUGCUCUUUAUGGCCAAUCUGGUUACAAAGCUUUCUCAUCUGGUUUAGCUCAAGGUUCUGGAAGUGCAUUCUACAGCUCUACUCCAGCGCCUGCUAGUGCAUUCUACAGCUCUACUCCAGCGUCUGUUGGUGCAUUCUACAGCUCUACGGCUAGUCCAAUAAGCACAUACAGUUCAACUGUCAGCCCAGCUGGAUUCUACGGCUCAAAUGUCGUCCAAGAAGGUUUCGUUAGUUCAUCUGCAGCUCCAUACAAUUUCGGUCAACAAUCUUUCUUCGGAUCUUCGACACCAGCUCCAUUCAACACUGUUUCUGCUGAUUUAGCCUCAUCUGAAUUAAAGUCCACUAGCAUUGGAUCUGCCAGUCUAGAUUCGGUCGCAAUUGGAAGUGCAUCUUUGAAAGAUAACAACUUUGACGUUGUCAAGAAAUAA